UACUCCCCUCUUUUUAUUCUUGCCCCGUCAUCCUCUUCUAGCAUCCUUGCGUAACUUAUUUAUUUUAUUUCUUUACCACGUUUCUUUCCCGAUCGUAUCUUCGCAAUGAACUACAAUGGUUACGAUAGCAGUAAUGGCAACUAUAUUUACAAACAGGCCAAUUCAAGGGGCGAAGAUGACGAAUUCCAUCCUCAGCCGCAACUUCACUUGAACAAGAAGCUUCCCCCACUACCUACUCAAAGGCCUGAAGGUUGUGGGCAAGAGCCACAUCAACAGCAGCAUGAGCAACGGCAGGAACGUGGAUGGAACUAUACCUAUCAUCAUAAAACACAACAACUCAAUUUAAAGUGUGAUACGAAGAAUGAAUUUGAGGAUGAUGAGACACUAAGGACUGAGAAAAACAAGAGCAACGGGGAAAACAAGACGAGCGACCACUCUGACAAUAGUAAUCUAGAUGUCAAGCGAAUGGGGCCAACAGGGAAAAUAUCGAGACUCCUACCAUGUUUUCCAUGCGUCCAAUCUGCCUGCGGGCGAAUCACCUGCUGCUUAUCCAUCCUUGUCCUGCUGGCCCUCACCAUUGUGGGGAUUGUGCUAGCUAAAACCUUACAAGUGCCCACGUUAAAAUACCUUGGCGCAGCAAGCGGGCCUAAUUUCUCAUUCAACAAGGGUAAUACAACACUAGCCAUGACCAUGGUGGCGAACAUUGAGAUCGACAACCCUAAUCUCUUAGGAUUUAGAAUUAACUCUGCGGUCAUAAAGGCCUUUUACCCUAACUACAGUCCUCCUAUUGGUGGUGGAAGUGUUCAAUACGUCGAUAUCCAUCGUAAAGCAAAAACUGUGGUUCAGGCCUCUGUCUCUAUUAGUUACGAUCGCCACCAAGACUCGCGCUUAUCUGUCAUAAGGAGCAUUCUUUCGGAGUGCGGCUUGGCUGGAGGGACGGAGGGUCAAAUCAUCAUCAAUUAUGAAGCUAUUGCAGAUGUAACAAUUAUUGGCAUCAUCUCAAUCUCGCACACUGUCAAAAACAAGUCGUACAGCGUAAAUUGCCCUAUCAAUAUUCGAGAAAUCUUGCGAAAGUUAGGUGACAAAGCCAAGGAAAUCAUUACUGAUAUUGGUGACUUCAUUGAAGGCGUUGUUGAUGAUGUUGAAGAUUUCAUUGACGACGUUGGUGAUGAUUUUAGGGACAUCAUUGACGACGUUGGUGGCAGUAUUGGGGACUUCAUCGACGACCUUUAACCAUAGGUCAUCAGCUAGAAAUUGUCCUCUCAUGGCUAUUCUUCAAUAGAUAGGCG